CUUCUUCCCAACAAAAGAGUUGAAUCGACGAGAUAUUCCCAUUAUCCGGCGGAAAGAAGUGAGCUCACAGCAAGAGGAAAGUGAAAGUAAAGCGAGAGAUGGGGUUAAAAAAAGGGUUGGGAGGAGAAAGCGGGGCUGUUUAUUUACCGGGGGGAACAGUAAAGAAGAAAAAAGAAAGAAAGAGUUUUCCUUUUUUUCCAAGGAACCCUUUCCAUUCCAUCCUUGCCUCUCGCCGCCCGUCCAGGGAUCCUCUCCUCUUCUCUUCGUAGAGGAAAUGUCAAUUUUUUACUUUCCCUCGCGGAUCCUCUCAGCCGCAGCCUGCUCUCUUUCGGUUUCAGUUCAUCGUGAAUCUUCGGUUGGACGCGAGCUUUAACUCGUUUUCCUUUAACUCGUCAUCCGUAAAAACGAGAUCUGUGCUCGAUUCAUUUGUUCGUUAAAAUAGGCGAAAACACGCCGAUUCUUUCCCCAGAUUCGUUCAAAUGUCGUGAAAACGCCACACGUUAUGAACGGUUAUGUAUUUAUAGGUUAGUUUUCGAAAGCGCAUCGUUCUUUUGUUGCUACUCAUCUCGAAUCGUGAAUAUUUAGAUGAAUUGAAGUUAAUAAUAAGUUGUGGUGAAUGAUUGUGUGAGUGACUUCAAGAACGAGGUAUUCGAAAAUACUUGUAUAUUGGAUAAAACGAUGUGUGUGAAAAAUUUGUGAAAGUGUCGAUAUUUAAUAAUAAUAGGUUAUCUUCGAUGGAAAUAUUUUUAUUUCAUUUAUUUGCUCUCCAAGAAGUGUCAAGAAAAGAUAAUUAAUGUGGAUAAUGAGAUCCUCUUCAAAGAUCCUGCAACUGUUUCAUCGGGCACAGCUGGCGGCAAAAGUCGAAGCUGGAAAUCGGCCAUGUUUAGUCUUUCAUAUAGAGAAAGAGAGAGAAAGUAUAUCUCUCCUCUCGGAGCCAAGCAUUCCGCGAUUCAUAGAUGGAAGGGAUGAGAGCAGCAGGGAUGAUGGUGGCUGGAACCGGGUUUGGGGUGGGGUGGUUCGAAGCCACCCCUCGAAUAAUCCGACGUAUAAAUUGGAUUGUCUGUGGAACGUGGAAACUGAACGGUGGUGCAGGCGUGUAGUGAGGCGUGAGGAAGACGAGGUGAGAGAGGCGAGGUGCGAGAGGGACUCAUUGCAAAUAGAGGAGGAAAGAAAGAACGCGGUGGGAUGAGGGAAAGAGUGGAAUUUGGUGGAAGAAAUAAGAGAGAAAUAAGAAAGAGAGGAAAGGAGAAGAAUGCAGAAGAGACAAGAGUAAGAAAAAAAGCAAGAGA